UAAGGCCAGUCCAUCGCGGGCCCUCCUCUCGUACGAACGAGCGAACGAGGCUCGCGCUUCUCGCGCGCACACACACACACACACACAUAUGUAUAUAUACACAUAUAUAUAUAUAUAUAAAAUACCCACUCUCUUUUUCUCUCUCUCUCUCUCUCUCUCUCUCUCCCUGUGGCUCUCGCGGUAGCCGUGCAACAACCCAUGUGUAGUGCUAGUAGCGCCGCCGCCGCUAGUCUCAGUGCGUCGAGCGACAGGAGCUGCAGCGCGCUGUGCCGUAUAGGGUUGAAAAAGAAGGAAAGGACCGUCGCGCGCGAUACUGUGAUCGGAGUGUGAUGCGAUCCAUCUGUGCGCGGAUUAGCACUACUGAUGAUCGUCGUGUAAGUGCGAGGUACCAUGCCGGCGCCGAUGCCGCUGGCUAAAAAGUGCGCGAAAAUCGUUUAAACGUUCAUACAUAUAUAAUAUAUAUCGUAUACGUAUGGGAUGUGCUAGUUCUCGAGGUGUCUGCAAACAUAGGAUGCGGCUGGUGUGAUGAUAAGAGAUGCGUCGAGCUGACAUCGCGGUGACCGCGAUAGCCCUACUGAUACUCGGGCAGAUUCAAGGUCCACGACAGUCCAGGGUGGUCGGCGCGGUGGUGGUCGGCGCGGCGGUCUGCGCUCGUAUCCCCGGCCUGGGCAAGAAUCAGCGGGAGCUUUGCAGAAAGGCGCCGCACACGAUGCCGGCUGUGGGCGAAGGCGCCGAGCUCGGGCUGAAAGAGUGUCGACAUCAGUUCAGGCAUCAUCGAUGGAACUGCUCGCACGUCGUCGACAAUCAGAUUUUCGGACACGUCGUUGUCGUUGGAAGCAGAGAGGCGGCCUUCACCUACGCUAUAAGCUCAGCUGGGAUCACGUACGCGGUGACAGCUGCCUGCAGUCGGGGGAACAUUACGGCCUGCGGCUGCGAGCCGACGACACGAACGCGGAAGGAGAUACCACCAAACGGCUGGGAAUGGGGCGGCUGCAGCGCCGACGUUACGUACGGAAUGAGGUUCGCGCGUAGGUUUCUCGACGCGAGGGAAAUCGAGGGCGACGCUCGGAGCCUCAUGAAUCUGCACAAUAACAAGGCUGGCAGAAAGAUAGUGAAGGCCCUGCUGCAGACGGAAUGCAAGUGCCACGGAGUAUCCGGUUCCUGCACCGUGAGAACCUGCUGGCGGACUUUGCCCAGCUUUCGUCAAAUCGGCGAUGCCCUCAUGAAGAAGUAUUACAGGGCGAGACCGGUUAUAGCGAUUACACCGCCUCCACCGCCCACGAUACAGAGCACGGAGGCACUUCUGCGCUCGUCCGAGGUCUCGCCGAUUCUCGGCAACGACGCCAAGACCCAGGGCAAGCCGAGUCCCGAGUCGACCUCGAGAUACGGGGAAGAGCGCGGCUGGACGCUGAGGAAAUCCGGAAUCGACGAGUCGGCGAGGAAAGCGCAACAGCAGCCCAGGAGGCCGCACCUGGUGCUCAAACGGGCCAAACUUGGCAGCGGCUCGAGUAUCAGCCAGAAGAGGAUCCCUAAGAGAAGCGAACUCGUGUUCCUACAGCCGUCGCCGAACUACUGCGAGCCCGACCUCGAGCAGGGAAGCCUCGGCACGCAGGGCAGAUACUGCAACCGCACUAGCAAAGGUACCGACGGUUGCGACCUGAUGUGCUGUGGCCGGGGCUACAACACCCACCAGUUCACGAGGACCUGGCAGUGCGGCUGCAAGUUCCACUGGUGCUGCAAAGUCCACUGCGAGACCUGUACCGAGCGCACCGAGGAGUACACGUGCAAGUGACCCUACACUGCAGCGAUGACUAUUUUAUUUUUGAAGGAAUUGUCGAUAUAGAUAAAUAGUCGCGAAGAUGAUGUGUCAUCGUCGACGUUUGUACUGCAUACGCUAUUUAUAUACGAUAUAAAGGACGAGUCCGAGAGUAGACUGUACAUUGUAUUGUCGCUGAUGCGACGACAGUGUGAUUACUAUUGUAUAGCUCGUAGGAACAGUUUGAUCUAUUAUAUGCGUGAGAUGAUAGUGCGCUGAAAAGACUAUGCAUUUUUUGAAAUGUUUAUUUAUUAUUCACUGGCGCGUAUUUCCUGCACGUAUAUGCAUUCCAAUAGAGAUGAAAUUAUUUUUCAACGAAAUUACGAUUGUACGUUUUUGGAACAUUAAAUUUAGUUACGCGUUAUUAUUUAAAUUGUAGAUUAAGCAUGUAUACUACUAG